UUCAAAUGGGAAAUCAGUUUGGAGGUUUUCGCCAGCUACCACCUCCCGGUACAAUAUGUCCAAUUUGCCUCUCCACCUUCAUCGUCCCGUGCCAAACCAACUGUGGCCACUGGUUCUGUGCUGAAUGCAUUCUAAGGUGGAGUGAGACUAGUCGAAUAAUGAAAACAAUGAAUUGCCCAAAGUGCCGUGCUCUGAUUACUUCAAUUGCUGUUGAUAACUCUGCAUCUCGGCGUUUCACCGCUAUCAAUAUAAGAAUUUGGAGUUAUAAUGCUACUUUUGAGGAACCAUCAGUUUUAACGCGUUUGAGGAGAUUUUGGUUGAUUUCGUUAAUUCUGGUGGUUAUCACACUUUGGAUGGUAUUCCACAUUCCUUUGUAGAA